AUGGCCACUCCUCUAAUCUCCAUCCAGCCGAUUCCUGCCAACCGUCUCAAGCAGAUCGCCACCGACGCUUGCAACAGCGCCAUCGGAAAUGCUGAGUUCUACGACCACGCUAAGACUGAGCAAUGGAACUCGACAAUCAUUAGCUCUGUGUUAAAGGCUGUGAUCUCCGAGUCGACCCCUGAAGGUGCUUCCGCUCCUUCGUUCAAGUUCGCCUGCAACAGCACCAUUGUGCAGCACCUCGUCCCUACAUCCGCUCUGAACAAGCCCCGUGGCGGCACCGAGACCCAGGCCCAGGAGCCUCACAUCUCCACCAGCUCCGAGGCUACUGCUACCGACGGCAAGCCUCACGUUGGUCGACGAGGAAUGCACAGCGCUACCGGUGCCUACUGGGACGAGAAGAAGGACGGCAUGUGGACUUUCAAGUACGACGGCGGCGAGGGCAAGGGCCUGGACGUUGUUGUCAUGCUCAUCUGGGUUGCCAUUUGA